AGCGGCGGGUCCUGUCGCGGUGCCGCCGGUCGCGAUGCUCCGUCGGAAGCCGACGCGGCUGGAGCUGAAGCUGGACGACAUCGAGGAGUUCGAGAGCGUCCGGAAGGAGCUGGAGAGCCGCAGGAAGCAGCGGGACGAGGCGGAGGCGGCGGCGGGUGGCGAGGAGGCGGCGGCGGCGAUAGGAGCGCUGGGCACGGAGCACAAGAGCCGCGAGCAGCUCAUCAAUGACCGCAUCGGGUACAAGCCGCAGCCCAAGGCCGGCGGUCGCACCGCGCACUUCGGCACCUUCGAGUUCUAACGGGGGUUGCCCCGGGGGGCCGGACGGGCCUCGCCUCCCCUCUCUGAGCUGUUACAGUUUUGUUUUUUAAGUUUUGUUAACAUGCCCGUCAACGCCCCUUGGCCGAGUGUUUUGUUUAAAUAAACGUAUUUUUUUUAAGAAAA